AUGUACACAGCCUUUAACCUGUCCACUCCUCCGGACUCCAACCUGUCGGACGCGGCGCGGCUCCAGGAGCUGAGCCACCGCGCCGUCAAGGUGAGCAUCAUCAUCACUCUGGGCGUCGUGAUCACUUUGGGGAACAUCGCGGUUCUCCUGGUGAUCACCUCCUCGGUGGCCGGCUGGUCCAGAAACUCCCGGUACUUCCUGCUCUCUCUCACCGCCGCGGACUCUGCCUUCGGACUGCUGGUGAUGCCCCUGAACCUGUGGGUGAGUCUGCUGAAGGACUACACCGAGGGCCCGGACGCGCUCUGUCACGUCGUGGCCUUCUGCAACGCCACCGUCUACUCCACCUGCAUGUACACGCUGGCCACCAUCAGCCUGGAGCGGUACAUCGCGGUGCUGUACCCGCUGCAGUAUUCCAGCCUGAUGACCAGGAGGAGGACGCUGCUCCUCAUCGCGUUCACCUGGUGCUUCCCUCCCUGCCUGCUGUGGCCCAUUUCGUUCCCAGAUGGCAUCAUCGAGGUUCACUUUUCCACCGCGUCCCUGGUCUGCAACCCGUCCUACUCCUCUAAUGUCGGAUACUCCAUCAGCCUGACGUGCUUCAUAUUUUUCCCGUGCUCUGUCAUCAUGACUUACGCAAACUUGAGAGUGUGGUGGGCAGCCAAACGACAGAGGCUGAAAUUGCGCAAAUACGACUGCGCGCAUAGCAGCAGACACAACGUGGCAUCCAGGGUGCUGGUUCCGGUGCUGGCGGCCUACUACACCUGCUGGACUCCCUGCAUCGCAGCUAUGAUCUACAACGCAGUGUCAGGCAGCAGCGUACCAGAGUGGAUCGAGUUUGUCGUGGUGUGGCUGCCAACGUCCAACGGUUUCCUCAACUGCAUCUUCUAUUUCUGGAUAAACCGAAGCUUCCGCAGGAAAUUCCAUCUUGUCCUUCAGAGGCUGACGCUGGCCCUCUGCCCUGAGCUGGCCAACACUCUGGGCUGCUGCAGCACCGCGAAGACACAGUUUGUGUCAGGAAUUCAGGAUAAUAACAACAGCGUCCACGAGCGCUCCUCCAGCGUGUCCUCCACCUGCACCCUGCUGACUUUGGCUUAG